AUGAAGUCAUUGCAGUGGCGAUCCACGACCACGCCGAUAUCCGUCAAACUGGCUCUUUCUCUACUGUUGCCUAACAUUGUAGAGGCGACAGCUUCCAUGAACAUGAGCGUGCGACUCGUGGAAGUCUUAAAAGCGGCGGUGAAGCCACUUCCCGCCCUCACGGAUGAAUCAUUCAGCUCCCAUUUUGACCACUUGAAGAAUUACAAGGUAGUCCUACUAGGAGAUGGGACUCACGGGACGUCAGAGUUUUACACUGCCCGUGCGGAGAUUACCAAACGGCUCAUUAAAAAGCAUGGGUUUGAUACUGUGGCGUUGGAAGCGGACUGGCCUGAUGCAGAAGAGUUGGACAGAUACGUUCGACAGCGACCCGGUCUCAAGGGAAGCCUUGAGAAGGGAAAAGAUGAGCCCUUCCAGAGGUUUCCAACUUGGAUGUGGCGGAAUAAGGAAAUGCAGGAUCUUGUUCAUUGGAUGAGGGACCAUAAUGCUACUCUCCCUGCGCAGAAAAGAGCUGGGAUCUAUGGACUUGACUUAUAUAGCAUGGGCAGGUCUAUCGACGCCGUCAUCAAGUAUCUUGACAGCGUAGACCCAGAAAUGGCAAAACUAGCUCGUCAGAGAUACGGCUGCCUGCAGCCCUGGGUUGACGAUCCGGCAGCAUACGGAUUUGCGGCUUUUACCAACACAAAAAUGAAAACGUGUGAGGAGCAGGUUGUUCGCAUGCUCCGGGAUUUGCUGAAGAAGAGAUUGGAAUACUCCGCUACCCAACAUGAUGGCGAUGAAUUUCACAGCAUGGAACAAAAUGCAUACCUCGUGGCGGACGCAGAAUCCUAUUAUCGUGUCAUGUAUUCAAGCAGAUUCGAAUCCUGGUCACUGAGAGAUUCGCACAUGUUCGAAACCCUUCAUCGCCUCCUAGACCACAGGCCAGCAGGUUCGAAGGCCAUUAUUUGGGCCCAUAACAGCCACAUUGGCGAUGCAAGGUAUACCAGCAUGGGCAGGUAUCGUGGCGAACUCAACAUCGGGCAAUUGUGCCGCGAGAACCUGGGACGCCAGAACGUCGCAUUGAUUGGCUGUGGAACACAUAUAGGCACCGUUACUGCUGCGCAUCAAUGGGAUGGGGAUGCAGAGGUAAUGAACGUCCGACCGUCUCGUUCUGACAGCUGGGAGCACUUGGCGCAUCAAACUCACAUCCCGUCCUUUUACCUUGAACUCCGUCAGGGCAUAGCAGAUUCGCAGGUUCGCCAGGAAAUUCACAGGGCAUCACCACGGCUCGAGCGAUUCAUCGGCGUCAUAUAUCGACCAGAAACAGAGCGAACGUCCCACUAUUCCGGGGCUGAUCUUGCAGAUCAGUUAGAUGGUUAUAUCUGGUUUGAUGAAUCGCAUGGAGUUCGGCAAUUGGAGACGACCCAGCCGCAUACUUCCCUUGGAUUGGAUGAGACAUAUCCUUUUGGCUUAUGA